AUGAGACUCAAGACCCUCUUCAAAGACCGUCGCCCUUUCUCCUCCUCCACCUCCAAAUCCACCUCCGCCACCCCCUCAAGUGCCUCAACCGCAGCCUCAACUCUCUUCCGCAAAAUGUCCAUCAAAAUCCAAGAAAAGCUUCCCUCCAAAGGAAUCCAAAUCAGCGCCUACAUCUCCCCGACCGUCGCCUCCUGGGGAACAUGCAGCAUCACUUUGACCGUCCCCGGCGAAACCGUCGUCUUCCAAUCAUCAUCAUCCUCUAAUAACCAACAAUUCUUCUCCCGCGCCAUCGAAGUAGAAGCCCGCAACAUCCCCUCCCUCUUUGACAAAAAGGGUCGUUUCUCCUUCCGCGUCAACCUUGACCUUGGACCUGGGACCGAGAAUAAUAAGGUGAUAACAGAGCAAUGGAUCGACGUCAACGCCGUCACCGGUUUAGCAACGGGGGGAACGAUGGAUAGCAUCGCUUCGACGCCGUCUAUCUUCUCGUGGAUCGACCCGGAGGGGACUACCCCCAAACGAAGAGAAGUGGUAGUGACGUACGGCUUCUACGAAUCCGGUCCCGCGGGACAGGAUAUCUUGCCGAAGAGACAUCAGUGCUACAUCACCGUUUCUCCGGUAGGUAGUAGAUGGAUGGAGGACCUUGUUCCACCGGGUUCGUGGCAGGAGAAUCGCAGGUUUAGAAGACUGGUGCUGCCUUCGGCGCACGACGCGGGGAUGAACAGCAUGGCGAGCAGCUCCAGGUUGUUAAGCAAGAUGGGCGGCGCGGUGGUGGGCACGCUGGUGCACGAUAACCGGAUCAUGGCGGAGAUUGCAGACGCGGUUUCGGGGCCGGCGAUAGCGCUGAUUGCGCCGAAUAUCAUCUUUAGUCUGGCCAUGACGCAGAAGGAUAGCUUGGAUGCCAUGCUACGGAUUGGAGCCAGGUACUUUGAGUUUCGGCCAGCGUACUGUCAUGCGGCGGUGAGGAGCGCGAUGCAGAAGGGGAAGGAUGGGUUACCCGACAGGUUGUACUUCCAGCAUGGCGCGAUUCCGGGCAUGGGGUAUGAUGUGUUUUUGGCGGAUGUGGUUGCUUUUCUGUUGGCGCACCAGGAGGAGAUUGUGGUGGUGCAGCUGAGGUGGGAUGGCGUGCCGAAUGAGUGUGCGAGGCCGUCGGAUCAGGAUAAGAGGGAGUACCUUGAGAAAGCGUUGGAGAAGGGGGGUGAUCGGAUGGUAGUUGGGAACGAGAAUGACCUCCGGAAUGCGACCAUUGCGGAGCUGAGGAGGGAUAAGAAGAGGCUGAUUAUGAUGGAGAGCGUGGAUAGCCUGUCGACGUAUACGGAUGAAGGAAAUGCCACGAUGGAUGGUCAGAGCAUUGUCGAUGCCUUCCCGAGGGUGCUUACUGAGAAUAACUGGAAGGGUAAGGCUUUCAUCAACAUCCAGUGUCAGGCGACGGCGACGAACAUACCCAAGGCCGUGGCGUAUUCGGUAUUGGAGGCGGGGACGACGUCGAGCUGUAUCCUGGCGACGAAGGCAAUCUGUGAUUCCAAGACGUUGCCGUGGUGUAGGGAUAACGUUUUGCAGACGUGUGGGUACGACACGCUUGUCGUUAUGAUGAACGAUUUUAUUGACGGAGCGACGGCGGAUGUGGCAUUCCAACUCAGCAAGCAGAGGCUGAUGGCAUAG